AUGAAUGAAUUAUAUUAAAAUAAAUGUUAUUUGAGAAUACUCAGUGAAUUCAGGUAUUUAAAUUUAAUAUAUAUAAGGGAAUUCAAAUUACCUCCAAGAAUAACAAAUUAAAAAAAGGAUAGUCAACAAUCUAAUUAAAUAAAAGAUUUAUUAAGAAAACCUACAAGUCAUCGUAAAAUGUUAAGUGAACAUUGUCCAAAAGUACCUAAACUUAAAAUAGAAUAUACUUAUACUAAAAACAAUUCACCUAGAUUCCGUAUUAUUAAGAACCUCUCACCAUCAAAUACUACUAGAAGUUCUAGACCUACUACUCAUAAUAAAACUAUAAGAGCAUAUCUUACUUAAACAAAAGAAGGAAAGUUUAAAACUUUACCAUAGAUUUAAUAAUCUUAAUAGACAAUUGAAGAAACUCCUUAAUUGGAAAUAUCUUCUUGUUAAUAAUUUACUGCUUUGUAAUCUCCCAAAGAAACUGUAUUUUCAGAAUUUUAAUCUCCUCGUAUAAUGUAACGUUUUGAUUUUGAUCAUUAAUUUGUGAAAGCAAAGAUUGAACCUCCAAAAAGAUCAAAAAAAUAAUUGAGAAUGAUACUUUUAAGGGCAAUUAAUAAAUUGAAAGCAAUGAAUAUUGAUCCAUAAUAUAUGAUUGAGAAUAAAGUUUUUUCUAAAAAGCCUUAUUAAAGAAAAAUGUCAAAUGAAUUUAUUCAUGCAGUAAAGUUGAAUUAAAUGGAUAGAGUUAAUGAAUUGUUAGAAUAUAAUAGAUAUCUUGUAUUUGAUUUUGAUUUCUAUAAUAUGACUGCAUUACAUUGGGCAUGUAAGAAAGGAUUAAUAGAGAUGGUUGAAUUAUUAAUAAAGAAUCAUGCAGAUGUAGAUGCAGUAGAUAUAUUACAUAGAACUCCUCUUUAUUUAGCAAUAUAGGGAAAUCAUCUUGUAAUUGUAGAAGUAAGAAUUUUAAUUAUGAUUUUAUAAGAAUCUAUUGAAAAACAAAGCUUAUCCUUGGUCUACUUAUUAUACAGAUUUAGCAGAAGUAGUAUAAGACAAUAGAAAAGUUUAAAGGCUUCUAACUCUAGUCAGAAGAGUAAGAAUUUCAAAUUACUUUAGAUUGAUAUCAUUAAUACUUGGGGUGAUAAGAAAGUUGAAGAAGAUUGUAUUUGAAUAUAGCUUAAUAAUUAUAUUUUCUUUAUUGUUAAAGCAAUCAACUUAAAUUAUUUUACUUUAUUAAUGGAUUAAUAAGAUUAAGACUCAUUAUUAGAAAUAUCUGAAUCUGAUCAUCUAACUAGUAUGCUCAUCUCUAAUAAUUAAACUGAUAUCUUUUUGAAUGAUUAUUAUAGCAAAUUUAAGAAUAGUUAAAACAUAUUAGAGCCAUCAAUGACUAUGUCAAGAGUAUCUCAAAUAGAUAAAAUGUCUGAAGACAAUUCUAAUAUUACUCAUAUUAAAGUAGUUCAUACAUCAGAAAGACUUGUAUUUGAAUUGUAAAAAAAUUAAGUAUGUCAAUGUAAUUUACAUAGUUAUUAGAAAAUAAGUUAUAUUAAUAAACAAAAAUGAUAUAAGAUUUAUAAGAAUAAAUAGAUUCCAAAGAAUUAUAAUUACAAGAAAGUAUUUAAUUAUGUGAGUAACUUUAAUCAUAAAUAGAAAACUAAACAAAAAUAAAUAAAUAAUAAUCUAAAUAAAUAUCGGAACUUAAAUUUGUAAUUAAGUAAUUAUUUAACUAUUGAAGUUCCCUUUCUAAAAAAUUGAAUCUAAAUGAUUUAAAAUAAGAAACACUAUAAUCAUCUAUGGAAUGUCUCUCUUUUCGACCCUCAUCACAACCAAGAGGAAAGAAAUCAUAUAAUAAUCAUCAUUCAUAUUCAACAUCUAGAGCUUAUUUCUAAAAGAUUCUCACUGAAGAUACACAAAAUAUUUCAAAUGACAAAAUCAUAAAAGAUAAUAAUAUCUUAUGUUUUUUGAAUAUUAAAAAUAAGGAUACAAAAUAAAUUGAUAAAAAUGAUAUCAAAAAAGAAAAAUAUUAUAGGUCUUAAUCUAAUUUCUGGUCAAGUUUAAAUACAUCUCCUAAUCCAAAUAAAAGUACAUAUACAUAAAAUAGUAUUUCUGCAGGUAAAUCAUAAUUAUCUGAUAAGAAAAUUGAAAAUACUCUCACUCUUUUAAAAGCAAUUAAAAUAUAAUGCAAUCAAUUUUCUAACAAUAAAAAAUUAUACUGA